ACGUCGGGCUGUUGGCGGGAUAGUUAGCUGAGCAUCUGUGAUCUGUCUCUUUAACCAGAUCACAGCUGUGUGACCUCUGAUCGUUUCCAUGGAAACCAGAGCAUCCCUCAGAGGAGAGCUGCAGCUGUUUCCAUGGUAACAUGGACCAUGUUAUCAGCAGAGACAGCAGGACCUGAACAUCUCCGUGUGAGUCCAGGACAACAGAGUCCAGCAGUCAGAGCGGAGACCUGCUGGAUCUCAGAGACCAGGACCAGGACCAGGAGCAGGACCAGGACCAGGAGCAGGAGCCCGGUUCAGAAAGCAGCUUUAACAAACUCUGAGAUGGAAAAGGUUUCAGCUCCAGAACAGCUGAUCAGAGUUUGUUCCAUCAAAUGUGAGGAUGAAAACAGCCUUCAUCAUCAAUGGAGCUCCGAUACUACGAUUCACCAUGGCAACAGAGACCAGGACCAGGACCAGGACCAGGACCAGGAGAGCAGAAUGGAGGAGCAGCAGAACCCGGACCAGCAGAGCCACAAGGUCCCCAGAAGACCAGCAGCAGGCCCGUCCUCUGAUACCACCGAUGUUCAGAAACGGAGAAGAAGAAAGAGACUGAUUCAUCAGAGAGUUCACACUGGAGAGAAACUACACAGCUGUGACCAAUGUGAGAAAACUUUCUCUUUUCAGAGUACCCUCAAAGUCCACCAACGCAUUCACACUGGAGAGAAAACCUACAGCUGUGAUGGAUGUGGGGCAGCUUUCACUAUAUCAGGUGAUCUGAAAAUACAUCAACGCAUUCACACUGGAGAGAAACCCUACAGCUGUGAUGAAUGUGGAGCAGCUUUCACUACAUCAGGUAAUCUAAAAAGACAUCAACGCAUUCACACUGGAGAGAAACCCUACAGCUGUGAUGAAUGUGGGGCAGCGUUCACUCAAUCAGGUGUCCUAAAAAGACAUCAACGCAUUCACACUGGAGAGAAACCCUACAGCUGUGAUGAAUGUGGGGCAGCUUUCACCCAAUCGGAUGCCCUAAAUAUACAUCAGCGCAUUCACACUGGAGAGAAACCCUACAGCUGUGAUAAAUGUGGCACAGCUUUCACUCAAUCAGGUGACCUGAAAAAGCAUCAACGCAUUCACACUGGAGAGAAACCCUACAGCUGUGAUGAAUGUGGGGCAGCUUUCACUACAUCAGGUGCCCUAAAAACACAUAAAUGCAAUCACACACAGUCAGUUUAACACACAUGGGGAAAAGACACUGGACCAUUGCUUCAUCCCCUUCCGCAACGGCUACAAAGCCCUCCCCUGCCCGCAGUUUAGCAAAUCGGAUCACUCCUCCAGCCUCCUUCUUCCCGCCUAUAGGCAGAGACUGAAACGUGAAGCCCCCGCCUAUAGGACCGUUCACUGCUUGUCAGACCGAUCAGAAGCCAUCCGUCAGAAUUGUUUGAAUCACGUGGAUUGAGAGAUGUUCAGGACUGCCAACGACAGCAUCAGUGACUUCACAGACACAGUCACCAGCUUCAUAAAGAAAUGCACAGAGGACGUAGUCCCCAGAAAAACAAUAAAAACCAAGCCAAAUCUAAAUUCCAGGAUAAACAGUGAUGUCCGGGCAGCCCUCAAUGCUCGGGACACAGCCUUCACCUCAGGCUCACCAGAGGAAUACAAACACUCACGUUAUUCAUUAAGGACAGUAAUCAAACAAGCAAAGAGGGACUACAGACAACAGGUGGAGUCCAAGCUCACUUCCAACAGCCCAAGGCACUUGUGGCAAGGAUUCCAAACCAUGACAGACUUUAAAGGACCUAGACAACAAAUCACAAACACAGCACCCACCCUCCCGGACGAACUUUAUCAUUUUUACUCCAGGUUGGACUCCUCUGUCAGACCCUGUGUCAUGUCCUGCCUCACCCCUGCAGACAAUCAGAACCCCCCCUUACCACCAGUGCCCCCCUUGCUCUCUCUGGACUGUCCCCACCUGCUUCAAAUCCACCACCAUCAUCCCCAUCCCCAAACAACAGAAAGUGACCAGCUUCAAUGACUGGCGCCCCAUAGCCCUCACCCCCAUAACCCUCACCCCCAUAGCCCUCACCCCCAUAGC